AGAGUUCCAGGGUGGUUCCAGUCGCCGCCGCGAGGCAGUUUCUCCGCUCUGUGGAGGUGAGAGCGAGUCUCCUGGCAGAGGUCAGUGGGACCCUGCGGCUUGGCGGUGAAACCGGACGUCACGGUCUACGGGGGUUCGGCCGCCUUACAGGCUAGCAUGGAUUUAGAAGCUAUCAUGAAACACUCAGCUUUGCAUGCCAAGCCCAAUGGACUCAUUCUUCAAUAUGGGACUGCUGGAUUUAGGACGAAAGCAGAGCAUCUUGAUCAUGUCAUGUUUCGCAUGGGAUUAUUAGCCGUUCUGAGGUCAAAACAGACACAAUCUACAAUAGGAGUCAUGGUAACAGCAUCACAUAAUCCUGAGGAAGACAAUGGUGUCAAAUUGGUUGAUCCUUUGGGUGAAAUGCUGGCACCUUCCUGGGAGGAACACGCUACCUGUUUGGCAAAUGCUGAGGAGCAAGAUGUGCAGAGUGUGUUGCUGGACAUCAGCAAGAAAGCUGCUGUGGAUCUGCAACGAGAUGCCUUCGUAGUGAUUGGGAGAGAUACCAGGCCUAGCAGUGAGAAACUUGCACAUUCUGUAAUAGAUGGCAUCACUGUUUUAGGAGGUCAAUUUCAUGAUUACGGCCUUCUAACGACGCCCCAGCUGCACUACAUGGUGUACUGUCGGAAUACCAGUGGCCAGUAUGGGAAGGCAACCGUAGACGGUUACUACCAGAAACUCUCUGCGGCCUUUGUGGAACUUACCAAACAGGCUUCCCGCAGUGGAGAUGGGUUUCGGUCCCUCAAGGUUGACUGUGCAAACGGCAUAGGGGCCCUGAAGCUGGGGGAAAUGGAGCGCUACCUCUCCCAGGGGCUCUCGCUUCAGCUGUUCAAUGUCGGGACCGAAGGAAGACUCAAUCAUUUAUGUGGGGCUGACUUUGUGAAAAGUCAUCAGAAGCCUCCACAAGGAAUGGAAAUGAAGUCCAAUGAAAGAUGCUGUUCCUUUGAUGGAGAUGCAGACAGAAUUGUUUACUACUACUACGAUGCAGACGGUCACUUUCACCUCAUAGACGGAGACAAGAUAGCAGCACUCAUUAGCAGUUUCCUCAAAGAGCUCCUGUUGGAGAUUGGAGAAAAUUUGAAUAUUGGUGUUGUACAAACUGCAUAUGCAAACGGAAGUUCAACACGGUUUCUUGAAGAAGUUAUGAAGGUACCAGUCUAUUGUACUAAAACUGGUGUAAAACAUUUGCACCACAAGGCUCAAGAAUUUGAUGUUGGGGUUUAUUUUGAAGCAAAUGGGCAUGGCACAGUACUGUUUAGUAAAGCUGCUGAAACGAAGAUAAAACAACUAGCAAAAGAAUCAAAAGAUGAGAAAAAGAAUGCUGCUAAGAUGCUUGAAAACAUCAUUGAUUUAUUUAACCAGGCAGCUGGAGAUGCUAUUUCUGACAUGCUGGUGAUCGAGGCCAUCUUGGCUCUAAAGGGCUUGACCGUGCAGCAGUGGGACGCUCUCUACACGGAUCUUCCCAACAGGCAGCUCAAAGUGAAGGUUGCAGACAGGCAAGUUAUUAGCACCACUGAUGCUGAAAGGCAAGCAGUCACGCCCCCAGGACUACAGGAGGCAAUCAACAACCUGGUGAAGAAGUACAAGCUUUCCCGCGCUUUCGUCCGGCCCUCUGGUACUGAAGACGUAGUCCGAGUGUACGCAGAAGCAGACUCACAAGAAAGUGCGGAUAGCCUUGCCCAUGAAGUGAGCUUGGCAGUAUUUCAGCUGGCUGGAGGAGUUGGAGAACGUCCCCCACCACGUUUCUGAAGACAAUUUUUAUAUCUUGAGAAACUAGAUUUUUAAGAAGUUUUUACAUAACAGUAGUACUGCCAUUGUGACAGGUUCAAACACAUUUAUAAUCAUAAUGUUUACUGCACCUUACUGGAUUAUUUCUAGAUCUGAUUAUUUUUCUUAAACACUACCAGAAUAAUUCUUUAGAAAUGGGUAGCCUUACGCUUGUUAAAUUCAUCUUUUUAAAAAAUGAGACUUACCUCUAGUUUCAGUCUCACUAAUAUAAAAUAUUGGCACUUACAUGUAUGAUUAUAAUAUAUGCUGGGAAAAAUUUGUGAGAGCUGCCAGAAAAUUAAAUCUUAUUUAUUACCAACA